AUGUCGUUGCCAGUGCAGUCACGUAGCCUGGCCGCAGACGAGCAAUACCAGCAGUCGCUGGCCUAUGGCCUCAUAAUUGGCACUGCAGUCUUCUCUCUCAUCCUCUACACCAGAGCGAUUGUCGUCAAGAGCUUCGGAGCCGAUGAUAUCGCUGUCUGCAUUGCUUUGGCCAUCACACAGGCGUUCAACGGGCUCGGAGUCGCAGUUGUAUACUAUGGACAGGGCCAGCAUAUGCAGAAUCUGUCCCCCGAGCAACGCGCAGUUUGGCUCAGGCUCUACUAUGCAGCAAUGUGCCUAUAUCUCUAUGCAUCGCUGUCAGUGAAGCUCAGCAUCCUGAUAUUCCUUCGGCGGAUUUUCUUCGUACCUCGACUCACCGCGGGCCUCAUGGUCUUUCAGGUUUCCUUCUCAGUCUCUGGCUCCUUCGUCCUCGCAUUCCAAUGCGCCCCAGCUAGGGCUGCCUUUGACACGAGCAUCAAAAACCCAAACUGCUACAACCGCUAUACCCUAUACAAGAUCACGCUGUACCAAGCCGUCCUGAUCUUCAUGGGGGACCUGGUCAUGCUUGUCGCACCGGUUCCUAUCUUGAUGGGUCUCAAAAUGCCAACAAGAAAGAUUGUCGCUUUACUUGCGAUCUUCGGGUCGGGCAUAAUCGCGUGCAUCGCGCCCAUCGUCCGGUUCAGCACCCUUGACUAUCUGCGCCAGGGCUCCACUGAUCUCACCUUUGACGCGACAUCCUCGCUAUACUGGAUGGCUAUCGAGUUCAAUCUCGGCCUGGUGGCUGGCUCGCUCUCGUCAUUGAAGCCGCUAUCCCUGUUUCACAAGUUCGGGUCGUCCAAGGAUUCGCGGUACAAAAAGUCUUCCAGGGGUAAUCCGUAUGAACUGCAGAGCUCAAAUCUUAAAGACUCUAGGAGGGGAAGACGAAAGGGAAGCUUGGGAAUGGGGACAACUAUUUUGCAGGAAACAGGAAACGAGAGUCAGGAGCGUAUUAUCUAG